AUGAAAGGAAUCAGCUCCAUCAGAUCAGUCAGGAUCUGCUAGGAACAAGCUGUGUGCUGCCUCUCUGAUCAGAGCUUCACCAUCACCCAGGGAACGAGCAACAGAACGAAGCCCCUCGGCCACCCGGCUCAGGAGGAGCCCAAGAACCUCCUUUACAACAUGAAUGACUGCUACUCCAAGCUGCGCGAGCCGGUGCCGAGGAUCCCGCAAGGCACCAAAGUCAGCCAAGUGGAAAUCUUGCAGCAUGUCAGCGACUAUAUCUUUGACCUGCAGAUCGUGCUAGAGGAACAGGCGAAGAAGGGGCAAGAUCCGCCCUUAGCCGAGACUUCCCUACUCUCUUUAAAAGCUGCAGAGCGGGCAUCCGAACUUUGCUCAAAAGAGGAGAGGAAUCUCUGCCACUAACCUCUUAAAACAGACUGCAAGUAUGGGAUCCUGGCACUUGGUUCUCUCCAGUGAGACAGGAGAUAGAAGAAGAGAGAAAAAAUAAAGACCUGAACAGGGGAAAGGAUUAGAUGUUUUAACCCUGUGCAUCCAGUAAUGAAGAGACCUCCACCAAUCUCUUCCAGAUAAACUGUAGAACAUGGGUCUGGCCAGGCAGUUUCAGAUGCCUUGACUGGUCUUCCAGAAACAACUUUCUGCCCUCAAUCUGUUAUUCUCUUCCAACGGCCUGAAAACAAAAUUUGCAGGCCGG